CAACGAAUACAACAGCGUCGGGAAAGAAAAACAAACUCAGCACACAGUUGUAAACGUUUAUUAAUAAAUUAUUAGAAAAAAAUAACUAUUAACUCUUAAUAAAUUGCUAGUGAAACCGAAUAAAAAUCAAGUAUUACAAUUAACUUUACUAUACAAUGGCUCUUGUAAAACCAAAGUCAGAAUUAACGCCGGAGGAAUUGGCCCGCCAAGAAGAGGAAGAAUUCAACACUGGCCCCUUGUCCGUGCUAACACAAUCCGUAAAGAACAAUACCCAAGUGCUCAUUAACUGCCGUAACAACAAGAAAUUGUUGGGACGUGUAAAGGCCUUUGAUCGUCACUGCAACAUGGUUUUGGAAAAUGUCAAAGAAAUGUGGACAGAAAUACCACGCACCGGCAAGGGCAAAAAGAAAGUGAAACCAGUAAAUAAGGAUCGUUUUAUAUCGAAAAUGUUUUUGCGAGGUGAUUCAGUGAUUUUGGUUUUGAGAAACCCCCUGGCAACGGCCGGUGGAAAGUGAGAGAG